AUGCGUGGUUUAGAAGAUAGAGAUGAUGAAUACAAGACAAUGUUAAAUGAGAAGCUUCAAGUUACAGAUGGCAGUGGUUUGAUACAGGGAAAAGUGGAGGGACCGAAUUGUAAUAUUGUGUGCUUUCUGUUUUCAUCGACCCACAUGCAAGCAAAAUACUCCAAUUCAGGAGGAUUGAUUGUACCUGCAAUCUCCUUGCCAUCUAUUUAUAACUCAGUCUACCUUGAUAAGCCCAGGUGUAAGAUGAAACUACUCUUCUCUACUGAGAUUGGUACAUGGGUGUUUGUCAGUGAAGUUAAAUCAACAUCAGAUAUCUCCACGCAAGGAGUCAAUGAUCCAUCAAAGGGGCUAAUAGGAGGCUUAACAAAUGAAGCCUUGUACAGCUUCGGAGUCCGAUUGGCAAAAUAG